AUGGUUUGGUUGCAAGGCGAGAGCUCACAUCGGGGAGAGAGUGUGGCGGUUUUCUUUGCAUGGGCAAGCACCUGUCAACUCGGCGCCUGCCUUACGCCACUGACCGAUCUGCCGCCCUGUCUUUGUUCUUUGCAUAGCGAUGCAACUGCCGCGGCCAUGCGUGCCUCUGAUGGCGACGCCUCUACUCAGACCAAUACGCCAACAGCCGAAAAGGCAUCUCUGCUCCGGUUGCCGUUUUCUCGGUCACGCAACGUGUGUGUGCCCACUCCUUGUAUUGUUUGCCUACUUCUGUGUGUGUGUGUGUGUGUGUGUGUGUGUGUGUGUGUGUGUGUGUGUGUUUUCCAACCAGGGUCACCCAGAGGCACCAGAGCGGCAGACGGGAAGAAGAUGAUGAUGAUGGCGACGACAGGGACGCUGCGGCGAUUGGCCGCCGUGGGCACGCGCCGGGACCUCAGUACCAGCUUGGCGGCGGCUGCGCGCGUUGGUUUUAUUGGCCUUGGUCAAAUGGGCAACCGUAUGGCGAAGAACGUCGCCAAGGCCGGACACGAUCUCGUCUUGUACGACGUGAAUCGCCAGUCCGUUGACGAGGUGGCAGCCACGUCGGCCAAGGCUCGCGCUGCCGACUCGGUCGCCGAGGUCGCUGCAGGUGCCGAGGUGGUCAUUACCAUGUUGCCGGAAGGCUCGCACGUUCGGGGCGUGUAUCAGGGCGACCAGGGCCUUUUUGCGGCGGCCUCGCCCGAUACACUUUUCAUUGAUGGUUCCACCAUUGAUGUGGCCACGGCCACCCUGCUGGCUCACGAGGCUGAAGAGAGUGGCCAUGCCAUGCUGGACGCCCCCGUAUCUGGCGGUGUCGGAGGCGCUGAAGCUGGCACUCUGACCUUUAUGGUCGGCGGCACGCCGGCCGCCUUUGAUCGUGCGGCCCCCGUUCUCGCCUCAAUGGGCAAGAAUGUCGUGCACUGCGGUGCCAACGGAACGGGGCAGGUUGCCAAGAUGUGCAACAACAUGCUUCUGGCCAUUGGCAUGCUCGGCACCUGCGAGGCUAUGGCCUUGGGUCAGCGCAUGGGCAUGGACCCAAAAGUUUUGGCCGGUAUCAUCAACACCUCCACCGGCCGCUGCUGGUCCAGUGACACCUACAACCCAAGCCCCGGUGUAAUUGAUGGCGUGCCCUCCUCACGCAACUACGAGGGUGGCUUUGCCACCGAGCUUAUGGCCAAGG